AUGCUUUCCUCCAUCGCCUUCAGCCAGGCUUCUGCUAUCCCAACCAUUAACGGAAGUUCUGCCGAUAUUGCAGCCCGCAACGCAAAUCACGUAAGUUUAUACACUACUAGUGCCUGCGCAAACGAGGACAAAUACUACGAAUGGCUCAGCACCGCAACAUGCACCGCUCCACAUACUAUUGCGUUCAGCGAUGGAAAUUUCCAAAAGAUACUUAGCGUCAUUAACAAGGAAAGAUGUGUCGGGACCGAUACCUUGUUCGAUGAUGGAGACAUCGGAAGCGUAAUGUUCUGGUUACCAGCUGUUUGUGAUGUUUUCGAGGCUGUGAAAGAUAUACUUGGUGAUGUGACGACAGUUCUUACUGCUGCGGAAUCUUUCGCUGAGGUCUAG